AUGAGUAAUAUUGAUAGUUCAACAAUCACUCCAGAAAGAUAUGCUCCACAUCUAUCUGAGUUCUAUCCCAUAAUGAAUAGUAAUAAUAAUAAUAAUCAACAGAAUGAUGAUACAAGAACACGACAACAAGAUGGACUUCUACUAAACCAAACGAUAAUUUCUCCACAACGAUCCGAUCAUACUACUCCAUCGUCACGAUUUGCAUUAUUACCAUCCUCUCAUAAUUCUUUAAGAAGACCUUCAAGUGUAGCAUCAAAUAGUCAAAGUAUAAUGAGUGAUUUACAAACUCUUAUAACACGCCGUGAUGUUAAACAGACUAAAGAAGCAAUGAAAUCGUUGAACAAUACUUCGAAAGAAUUAAGUGACGCAUUGGCUACUGUAGCACGAUGUUCGAGUAAAAUGGCUUGUGAAUUUGAAAAUUUUGCUCAUUUAAAAGGUUGUAAUGAUGAUACAGCUGAAAAAUUUAUGAAUGCAAGUGGAUUAUUUCAUUUAGUUGGUAAUCAUGAAUUAAUAAUGAGCGAAUUUAUUAAUAAUUUAUUAAUUGAUUCAGUAACUGAUAUGAUGGACGAAUUUCAAUUUAAAUCAAAAUCUUUAGAAAACAAAUUUAAUUCAAAGAGGAAAGAAGAAUCAUUAAAAUUAAAAAUACAAGAAAAAUUUAAUAAUGAUUUUUCGAAGAGAAAUGUUAGAAAUUUAAUAUCAUAUCGUGAAAGUUUAAAUAAUUUACAAAAUCAAUUAGAUCAAUUAGAAAUAUUAAAAUAUGAUUAUUAUAAUGAUUCAUAUCAAUUAGUUGAAUCAACUUGUAAUAAUGUAUUAAAAAAUGUUGCUAGUAUAACAAGAGCACAAGUAGAAAUUUCUGAAAACAUUGCAAGAAAAGGGUGGUCAGGAGGUGGUUUGGAUGAUUUAUUAAUAGAUGCAAAUGAUCCAUUCACACAAAAUGAAGAUGAUGAAGAAGAACAAAAUGAAGAGGAUGAAGAAGAAGAAGAAGAAGAAGAAGAAGAUAAUGAUGAGACUGAUCAUAUUAUGAGUAGCAUACCGGAAGAAGAAUCUGAUACAAAUAAUCAUAGAAAUAAUAAUAGCAAUGACAAUAUUAAUAGAACAACAAAUAUGGAAGCGACAAAGAAUGAUAAUUUAUCCAAUUCUAUGGAACAAUUAAGAGUUCAAAGUAUGCCUCAAUCGACGGACAAUAAUUCAAGAAGUAUAAUAGGUGCAACUGGAGACACCAGUAAUAUUAUUACAAGUGAUGGCAGUAAUAGUAGUCAUAACAAUAAUAACGAGGAAAUAGAAGAACAAUUAUCAGAUAACGAAAAUGAUAAUUCAUUUGCAUUACCAUUAUCCAAUAGUGUCGGAGUACGAACAAGUUCAAUACUCGACGAAGAAGAAGAAGAAGAAGAAGAAGAUGAUGGCGACGACAACGAACAUACUAGACAUAAUAAUGAAAGUUUAUAA